CCGGAAGUAACGUGAGGCGGAGGGCGGCUGUGGCCACAGGCGGCGGCGUGCUGUGCCGCCCGGCAUCCAGGGAAGAAAACAUCUGAUAGUCACUGUGGAUGAUACUCUGAAAAGUCAGUUCCAGGUUGUCGUUAGCAAAAAUCAAAAAGUAAAUAGAAUGGUAGGAAUUAUCAGGUAAGGAAUGAAGUGCAGAGUAAAAGACCAUACCAUGCCACUGUGUAAAUCCUUGCUUUGUCCAAACUUGAGUACUCUGUGCAGUUCUGGACUCUCCCUUGGGUGAUAUGCUGUACUCUGUUUAGGAUAACCGGGGAGGUGAAGGAAGAGCAAUGGAGAUGACUGUAUCGUUGAAAUAGCCUUGAUACAAGGAGAGCAAGAGCAUCCUGUACUGAUUUGUUAGUGGCAGUGUAGUCUAAGGAGUUGCUGUGCUUCUCUCUUGCUGGUGCUAGUACUCACAUAUUGUAUAGAUGGGUGGGUCAGUUGGUCUCUGAACAGAAUAUUACCAUGAUCAAGCUGUUUUCUGGAGGGGGGUGGGAACUGCAGCUUCAAGUAGGAGGGGUGGCAAAACUGGUGCACUUCUGGUGCUAGAAUUGUUUAGGGAAAACUUGAGCAUCACAGCAGAGGGAGGAAUGAGAGGAUGGGUGCACUACAAGCCUGCAAAAUCGUGAGUGGUAUGGAGAAGGUGAAUAGCCCCAGAACCAUGCAAAGCUGGAGACCAGGAGGGUAUUCAGGUAGUUUUAAUUGCUUUCUUGUCCUGCCCAUGUACUUUAUCUGGUCAUCUGACAGACUGCUGUUCUACUGAUGUGUUUUGUUUUAUGUCUUAUUUUCCCCAUUAGGAUUUGGGUGUCAGUUUACCCUUUAUAGAAACUGAAUGCCAUCUUGUUUCUCCCCAACCCCAAAAGAAGAAGGCAAGACGUUGUGAGGGCAGAGAAUAAAAAAGGAAAGAUAUCCUUGAUUUGCAGAAGGCAUCUCAAAAUGUUGUGUCGAGCUGCUCUGAGCCCCCUUGUCCGUUCCCCUGGAUGGUGCUUUGUGUUAUCGCCACAUGCCAUCGCAGCCAUUUCCCGUUUAUAUCUCCCUUGUCAUAACCAAAGAUUAAGGAAUGAAUCCAUCCGUUGUUGGAGCAACAUCCCAUUUAUCACUAUGCCACUCAGCCGUGCACAUGGAAAAUCAUUUGCACACCGCAGUGAGCUGAAGCAUGCAAAGCGGAUUGUAGUGAAGCUGGGUAGUGCUGUUGUGACUCGAGGGGAUGAGUGUGGCUUGGCCCUUGGGAGGCUGGCAUCUAUUGUAGAGCAGGUGUCAAUGCUGCAAAAUCAGGGCCGAGAGAUGAUGAUUGUAACCAGUGGUGCUGUAGCUUUUGGAAAGCAACGGUUGCGUCAUGAGAUCUUGCUUUCUCAGAGUGUGAGGCAAGCGCUUCAUUCAGGCCAGAGUCAGCUAAAAGAUAUGGCUAUUCCAGUCUUGGAGGCCCGAGCCUGUGCAGCAGCUGGCCAGAGUGGACUAAUGGCUUUGUAUGAGGCCAUGUUUACACAGUACAGCAUCUGUGCGGCUCAAAUUUUAGUCACCAACCUGGAUUUCCAUGAUGAACAGAAGCGUCGGAACUUAAAUGGAACAUUGCAUGAGCUUCUAAGAAUGAAUAUUGUCCCUAUAAUUAACACUAAUGAUGCUGUUGUUCCACCUCCAGAGCCGAAUAGUGAUCUGCAGGGGGUGAUUAGUGUGAAGGAUAAUGACAGUCUGGCAGCACGACUGGCUGUGGAAAUGAAAACUGAUCUCCUGAUUGUUCUCUCAGAUGUAGAAGGACUCUUUGACAGCCCUCCAGGAUCUGAUGAUGCAAAGCUCAUUGACAUAUUCUACCCAGGAGACCAGCAGUCUGUAACGUUUGGAACCAAAUCCCGAGUGGGAAUGGGAGGCAUGGAAGCCAAGGUGAAAGCAGCUCUGUGGGCCCUUCAAGGAGGCACAUCUGUAGUGAUUGCAAAUGGAACCCACCCAAAGAUCUCAGGUCAUGUCAUCACAGAUAUUGUGGAAGGGAAAAAAGUUGGAACUUUUUUUUCAGAAGUAAAACCUGCAGGUCCUACAGUAGAGCAACAGGGUGAAAUGGCUCGAGCUGGUGGCAGGACCCUGGCGGCUCUACAGCCUGAGCAGAGAGCGGAGAUUAUUUAUCGUCUUGCUGAUUUACUAACUGACCAGAGAGAAGAAAUUCUCCUGGCGAACAAAAAGGAUUUGGAAGAGGCUGAAAAUAAAGGGAGAUUGGCACUUCCUUUGUUGAAACGUCUAAGUCUGUCUACAUCAAAGCUGAACAGUUUGGCUAUUGGUCUGCGUCAGAUUGCAGCAUCCUCACAGGACAGCGUUGGCCGUGUAAUUCGGCGAACACGAAUAGCAAAAGACCUGGAUUUGGAGCAGGUGACAGUGCCUAUUGGUGUCCUUCUGGUGAUCUUUGAGUCCCGUCCAGACUGUCUUCCACAGGUGUCUGCUUUGGCCAUAGCCAGUGGAAAUGGUUUACUACUUAAAGGAGGGAAAGAGGCAGCACAUAGCAAUCAAAUCCUUCAUCAUCUGACACAAGAAGCACUCUCCAUUCACGGAGUCAAAGAUGCAGUGCAACUAGUGAACACAAGAGAGGAAGUAGAAGAUCUCUGCCGUUUGGAUAAGCUGAUAGAUCUAAUCAUUCCGCGUGGUUCAUCACAACUAGUCAGGAAUAUCCAGAAAGCCGCUAAGGGAAUCCCAGUGAUGGGACACAGCGAAGGGAUCUGUCAUGUGUAUGUGGACACGGAUGCCAGUGUUGAGAAGGUCACACGAAUAAUCAGAGACUCAAAGUGUGAAUAUCCUGCUGCCUGUAAUGCUCUGGAAACUCUCUUAAUUCAUCGAGACUUGCUGAGAACCCCAUUGUUUGAUCAGAUCAUAGACAUGUUGAGAGUGGAACAGGUGAAGAUUCACGCUGGCCCAAAGUUUGCAUCUUACUUGACAUUCAGCCCUUCAGAAGUAAAAUCUCUCCGCACAGAAUAUGGGGACCUGGAGUGCUGCAUUGAGGUGGUGGACAGUGUCCAAGAAGCUGUUGAACAUAUCCACAAGUAUGGAAGUUCUCACACGGAUGUUAUCAUCACAGAGAAUGAGAAAACAGCGGAGUUCUUCCUCCAGCAUGUGGACAGCGCUUGUGUUUUCUGGAAUGCCAGUACCCGAUUCUCUGACGGCUAUAGAUUUGGACUUGGUGCUGAAGUGGGAAUUAGUACUUCUCGUAUCCAUGCACGUGGACCAGUGGGAAUUGAAGGACUCUUAACUACAAAGUGGUUGCUGAGGGGGGACAAUCAUGUUGUUUCUGACUUCUCAGAGCAUGGCAGCAUGAAGUAUCUUCAUGAGAGCCUCCCUCUCCCUCAGAGAAAUACCAACUAAGAACAUUGCAGGGAGGGGUGGGACACCCCAGGGAUAUAAAUAUUUCCUGAAGAUGUUUAGGCUUCAGGGUGCUCUCUGGGGAUGGAGUUUGUUUUUCAUCUUCAGGAAUAUUGUUCCCGGUCACUGUGCAGUACAGUAAAUACAAAAUCAUCUCAUCUA